AUGCGAGUGCCUGGUGAUAUGGAUUUGUCCCAGCUUGAUGGUGUAGCGAUUGAACCUGAAGAGGAUGCUCAGCCUAUUCCUCUGCCUGAAACAGUGUACCAGGAAGAUGCCCAGAAGCACCAAAUGGUUGCAGUUGGCUCUUCGACGAAUAAUUCUGCUGGUAUACUGGGUCAGGUCUUCCCGCUCUUGCCUGACGAAUCGAAGGGGAGCACGCAGCCUAAGGUGAGCUCUCCUUUGUGUGUGCUCGGCUAA